AGAUGUUCUCUGUAGCUUUAUAGUCCUAUAGGCCUCGGCCCUUUUCAUUUGUAAGAACCAGCUGCUCUGCUGCACUCAGGCCUCAAACACAGAGGUCUCCCUCCUAUGGCCAAGGUACCAUGUGCAGUGUCCAUGCUGUUACUGCUGGCACUCUACUCUCCUGGGGUAUCUUCGGCCCCAGCCCAGCACCUGUGUGGCUCCCACCUAGUGGACGCCCUCUACUUCGUAUGUGGAGAGCGGGGCUUUUUCUACAGUGGGAAACGGACCCAGAAGCGGGAUCUGGAACAUCUGCUCGGGUUCCUGUCUAAAAAGGCCAGACAGGAGGAGCGGCUGUGGAAGGCUCUGUCUGGCCGUGAAGAGCCUAAGGUGAAGAGAGGCAUCGUGGAGCAGUGCUGCCAUAAGCCAUGCAGCAUUUACCACCUGGAGGGCUACUGCGACUGA